AUGCAGCAGUCACCGUCGUUCCGAUUACGACUGUUGCCAUGGAGUAUUGUAUUGUAUCCGGCCACUAUAUGUGGCCUGAUCUUUCUGCUAUUCUUGACACAGAUCUCACAACCAAGCCCUCUACAAGACUUGAUCCCAUCGGGAGUCUCGAACAGCCAGGUACACCCAGUUACACAUGACCCCGAUACAUCACGUCCUUUGAUAGAGCUUCAACCGGAAAAUCAUGUGUACCGCGAUCCUGCAACGCAACAUUUCGACUGGGUGGUGACUGCCAACCAUCGACGCCCGGAUGGGGUGCUGAAAUGGAUUUAUCUGAUCAAUGGUCUCUUUCCUGGACCGACGGUUGAGGCACGACCUGGUGACCGCUUGAUAGUAAACGUGACCAAUUCUUUGGAAGACGAACCGAUCUCCAUCCAUUGGCAUGGAAUUCAUAUCGAGAAUGCUAUGGAUGGAGCAGUUGGUGUAACACAAUGCCCUAUCCCUCCAGGGUCCACGUUUACCUACAACUUCACGAUUCCCGCACAUCAAAGCGGUACAUUCUGGUACCACGCUCACUCCGGCCUUAUCAGGGCCGAUGGCCUAUAUGGGGGGCUCAUCGUGCACGAGCCCUCCCCUAAGCCCACGGUGCGGGGGCUAUUGGCUCGUGCAGAUGAAAAAGGAACUGCCAGCUAUGAUAGGGACAUUCUACUCUUAAUUGGGGAUUGGUAUCACCGAUCAGCGGACCAGGUCUACUCCUGGUAUAUGCGUGCCGGGUCAUUUGGAAACGAGCCUGUCCCAGAUUCAUUACUGAUAAACGGUAUGAACCUCUCAUACCUGGAUGCGAAGGGUGACGCAGCGUACAGAGUCCGAGUGGUAAAUACGGGCUCGGUUGCAGGCUUUACGUUGGGUUUUCAGAACAAAGAAUUCAGUCUCAUACAAGUGGACAGCAUUGAGGUCGAACAAGAAGAUUCAAAUUCAGCCGGCGUACUCUACCCGGGCCAGCGAAUGGACAUUAUACUCCGUCCGGGUCCAGACAAAACUCCAAGCUCAAUGACUAUUGAUCUAGAUAAAGAGUACCCCAACCCAGCUUUAGCAUCUAUCCAGACAUUCAAUAUAACGAAGUCAUCGGACAACACAUCCUCCACCAUAUCUCCAUCAAAUAACACGAUAUCUCUUUCCGAAGUCGCCACUAGAAAGUCACUCCUCUCCAGCCUUCCCGAAAAAGCACAUCAAACCCACGUGGUGUACAGUAAAAUCGAAAAGCUCUCCAUAAACCACAAUGUGCCGUAUGGAUUCUUCAACCGGACUUCAUGGAAGCCUCAGAUUGAUACACCACUUAUUGAUCUUCCUCGCGACAAAUGGGAUGGAAACCAGCUCGUGUUAUCAACAGGAUCAUCUACUUCCCGUGCUCUGCCGUCCGAUAAAGACCAGGACUUAUGGAUUGACCUGAUAGUCAACAAUCUAGACGAUAGUGGCCAUCCAUUUCACCUGCACGGCCACCACUUCUACAUCCUGAGGACCUACCAAGCACCCGUAGGCUGGGGCGCCUACAAUCCUUUCACAGAUGCCUACCCACCUGGUCUGGCUCCAGAAUCUGUCAGCUCAUCAAGAGCAGAUACUCCCUACGAUCUCUCCCGCGCGCAGCUACGAGACACAGUCUAUAUCCCCAGCCGCGGGCACGCAAUCUUGCGCUUCCGAGCAGAUAACCCAGGGAUAUGGUUAUUUCAUUGCCAUAUUAUCUGGCACCAAGCGAGCGGAAUGGCCAUGCUAUUGCAGAUGUAA